AUGGCGAUACCCACCUUGACCCCAAAUCAAUCUCCAGAUUCAAGCGAAGACAAGGACGAUACCAUUACCUGGGAGCACAUCGAAAGCGCAGGCGCCCCGAUGGUGCGACAGCCCACACUCGACGUGCUAUCCGAUGCAUUCGCAAGACUUCAUAUCACACCCGACCUAGACCGCGAGUUCCAGCUUCCUCCGGUCGAGGGCGGAUAUCCUACUACCUCUGGGUCCUCCGAUGAUGAACCGCUGCAGCUGUCUGUGACUAUUGCCCCGGUUAUCAAGGUCACGUCUCCAGAGGGGGUUGAGGGAGCGUAUACUGGGAGUUCGACGCCGGAUCGUUAA